AUGCGGCGGAUGGAUCGCCGGGGAAACCUCGAGUCGACGACCCCCAACACCGCGGGCCCUGAAGAAGAAGCUGAAGAAGCUGUAGCUGAAGAAGAAGAAGCUGAAGUAGCUGAAGAAGAAGAAGCUGAAGAAGCUGAAGAAGAAGAGGCUGAAGAAGCUGAAGUAGCUGAAGAAGAAGAAGCUGAAGAAGAAGCUGAAGAAGGAGAAGCUGAAGAAGAAGCUGUAGCUGAAGAA